AUGGAAAAGGUUGAGAAGGUGGAUAUUCGUGUGAAGGAAUACUUGGAUUUGGCUGGAAGGGAAAAGUGGGCUAGGCUUUAUGCUCCAGUUAACAGAGCAUGGACUAUGACAUCAAAUAUUGCUGAGUCUAUCAAUUCAGCAAUCGUGCAAGGUGACAAGGAACUUGAAAUGCUGCAGAUUAAUUUAAAGCAAGAAACCAGGGAACUAGACAUCGCAACUAAACAUGUUUGUCUUGAAAAGAAAACGUGCACUUGUAAAGAGUUUCAAAUGGAGGAGAUGCCAUGCCCACAUGCUUGGGCUAUUCUUAAAAGCAAGAAUCUAACAGUAGACAACUACUGUUCAAACUUAUACAAACUGGAGACUGUUGUGAAGAAUUAUGAUGUCGCUGUGUAUCCUCUGCCCGAUGAGAGUGAGUGGAAAAUACUUGCAUCCCUCUCUGAAGAGAUAGUUCUGCCACCGAGAUAUAAGAGACCUCCCGGAAGGCCAAAGAAGAAACGCGAUAAGCCUUUAACUAAAUUGCUACCAAAUAAACGUUCAAAUUUGUGUAGUAGAUGUGGUCAUGAAGGUCAUAAUAGGUGCUCUUGUAGAAAUGAGCCUAGAAGAAAAUAA